CAGAAGGACAGUUGAAUGCAGUCUCCAAUGUGCAGAAAAGAAUGGGUUUGCAUUCGAAGUGGCCAUUGGGGGGGCCAACAGCAGUGGCACUGUGUGUGAUGAGCAUGUUGUUGAAAAUGCCGCCUGGCUCCGGCACGGCAUGUCCACCAAAAUGCAGAUGUGAGGAGAUGCUCUUUUACUGUGAUUCCCAAGGUUUGCAAAGAGUACCCAAUAACAUUGCCCGUGGGUCUAUAGGAUUGUCGCUCAGGCACAACAGUUUUGUUGAAUUGCAAAAUGAUCAGUUUGCAAGCUUUGGCCAACUUGUGUGGCUUUAUUUAGAUCACAACCAGAUUUCUGUUGUUCAAGAGGAUUCCUUUCAAGGACUAUUCAAGCUGAAGGAAUUAAUCCUCAGUUACAACAAAAUUGUGCGUCUGCCUAAUACCACCUUCAGCCAGCUGAUUAACUUGCAGAAUCUGGAUGUGUCAUUUAAUCAAAUCACUUCUCUACAACCAGAACAAUUCCACAGCUUACGGAAACUUCAAACAAUGCAUUUACGCUCCAAUUCACUAAGGACCAUACCCAUCAGGGUUUUCUGGGACUGUCGAAGCCUUGAGUUUUUGGAUAUAAGUAACAAUCGUUUACGAAGUCUGGCCCGCAAUGGUUUUGCAGGAUUAAUCAAACUGAAAGAGCUUCACCUGGAGCACAACCAGCUGACAAAGAUUAAUUUUGCUCAUUUCCCUCGGCUAAUCAGUCUCCAAACUCUAUUCUUGCAAUGGAACAAAAUUAGUGUCCUGUUAUGUGGAAUGGAAUGGACCUGGGACACGCUGGAAAAACUGGAUGUAACUGGAAAUGAGAUUAGGACAAUUGAACCCAUGGUUUUCUUUACGACACCCAAUUUAAAGAUUCUUCUGUUGGAUUCAAACAAGCUCACAACAGUGGAUGCUCAAAUAGUUAACGCGUGGAAAUCCCUAACUCAUAUUGGUCUUUCUGCCAAUAUGUGGGCAUGUAACAAAAGUAUAUGCGCUCUGGCCUCUUGGCUAAGCAAUUUCCAAGGUCGGUGGGAGAACUCAAUUGUCUGUGCUAGCCCAGAGCACACACAAGGCGAGGACAUCUUAGAUGCUGUUCAUGGAUUUCAAAUCUGCAGGAAUCUUUCAGCAGCCACCACACAAAUAACCACAGGCUAUACAGAUGCUACACAGCAGCUGGAAGCUACUGAAUAUGUAACAAAAUUAACCUCCAUAGGCUCCAGUACAGAGGAUACUGAAAACCCAACCACAGAAACAACAACUGCAGCAGCAGCCACAGCCGAAGACAUCCCCGAGUUUGAUAAUACCCUCUUUACUCACAGGAUAAUAACUGGAACAAUGGCUCUAUUGUUCUCCUUUUUUCUCAUUAUUCUAGUGGUGUACAUUUCACGGAAAUGCUGUCCCCCUACCCUGAGACGUAUAAGGCAUUGCUCCAUGAUGCAACACCGCAGGCAAAUGCGCCAAGCCAGACAGCCCAUGGCAGAUUUGUCUACACAAGUUCCCUACAAUGAAUAUGAGCCCACCCACGAUGAAGGUGCUUUGGUGAUCAUCAAUGGUUACGGACAGUGCAAGUGUCAGCAACUGCCUUAUAAAGAAUGUGAAGUAUAAAUUACUGAGUUCAUGUAACCAACAUACAAUUUAGGAA